CAAAAUUUCUAGAGCAUUAAAAUGUGAGUUAGGGACCUAAUUGUGAAGAAAUAUCAUUAAUGAAUCCCGACAAGCUCCCCCCAAGCCACCGACUUCUAUUUCUUGAGAAAAUUGGUAACAAGCUUGAUUUUUCCCUUCCUUUUCUUGUUAAAGAACUGAUUUUAGGACCUAGAACCCUCCCUUUGAAGUAGGAAUUUCCAGAUCUGCUCUGCUCUUCCUCCCCUGUCCGUCGGUGCUGCUAGGUACGAAUUUCUGGGCAUUUCUCUAGUAAGAUUCAGCCAUGAAUCCCUCUCUUUAGCCUUGAUUCAAGUUGGGUUACUCUAAUUUCCUUUUUUUUCCUUCAAUUUUGUGUGUGUUCUCUCCAAUUCCUGCCAGCCCUCCACAUCGCCAGCUCCGGUUUCAGCUUGCUGGAAUUUUCUGGUAUGAUGGACAGCUUCCUUUGAGUUCAAUUUCACCCAUUUAAUUGCUGAAAUUAUCCAUGUAAUUGCUGCCCCUGUAUUGUUCAAAUUUCUGCCGAAAUAUGGAAGAAUUUGGCAGCAUUUUAAACGUGUUUUUUUAGCUUAAUUCAUGUAGAAAUAAACCUAUUUUUGGCUUGAAAUUAGCUGCUGUUCUGUGUGAAAAAUCCUGCUGUUUUGCCAAAAUUUUACUGUUCACGCGCGCAGCUACUGUUCACGCAGAAAAUUCUGCAAAUUGCUGCUGCGUUUUUCUACAUUUUGCUACUGUUUUUCCUUUCUUUUUCAGUCUGUUCUGCUCUGAAAAUCUGGUGA